AUGACUCCAAAUGGUGAUUUCAACAAUAACUCCAAUGGCAAUUUUGACAAUGACUCUAAUAGUGAUUUCGACAAUAACUCUAAUGGUGAUUUUGACAACUCCAAUAGCAAUUUUGACAAUGACUCCAAUAACGAUUACUUCAAAACUACAGUUCUGGUUUUAUUUACAAAAAGAGUAAAGAUUAAUCAUGAAAAACUUGACAAUUUAAAAAUUUUAAAAACAAGAUUUGAUCAAAAUGAUCAAGUUGAGAAACCUAAAACUGACGAUCUAAUUAGAUUGAAAAAUUUAAAAAAUUCAAAGAUAAAUUUUGAUCGAAAUAAUCAAGUUAAAGAGCCUGAAAAUAUAGUUAGGUUGAAAAAUCAAGUUGAGGACCUCAAAAAUUUAGGUCAAGAUAGGUUGAAUAACCUAAAAAAUUUAAAGACAAAAG